GGGCGCGCCGGGACUUGGCGUCUUUCCUUUUUCUGGUUUGAUACAUGACCCGGAAGCCUCUGCUGGCUCGCGUGUCAUGCGUGGCGCCGGCGCAGAACGAGAAGGAGGCGGGAACGCCGUGAAGCAAGAGCGGUCGACUGAGCUGCGAGGCAAACUGCAGCGGAGGAGUUCUUGCUGCGCUGCGGGUGAUGGCGCCCCUCGCGGCCUAGAGGUCUUGCGCCCGCGGCGAGCCGCAGACCGCCCUUCUUCCGUCGCGUCCGAUCAAGAGUCUUGGUGACUUUGAACAUGUUGGCGCCACUAGCCAAGCUGUCCUGCCCGGCUUAUCAGUGCUUUCAUGCCUUAAAAAUUAAGAAAAAUUAUCUACCUCCAUGUGCUACAAGAUGGUCUUCAACUUCACCUGUGCCUCGAAUUACUACCCACUAUACUAUUUUUCCCCGGGAUAAGGACAAGCGAUGGGAAGGAGUGAACAUGGAAAGGUUUGCAGAAGAAGCAGACGUGGUAAUAGUUGGUGCCGGCCCUGCAGGGCUCUCUGCAGCAAUUCGUUUAAAGCAAUUGGCUGCUGAACAUGAAAAGGACAUCCGUGUGUGUCUGGUGGAGAAGGCUGCUCAAAUAGGCGCUCAUACGCUCUCAGGAGCUUGCCUUGAUCCAGUUGCUUUAAAAGAACUCUUCCCAGACUGGAAGGAGAAGGGAGCACCACUUAACACUCCUGUAACAGAAGACAGAUUUGGAAUUUUAACAGAGAAAUACAGGAUUCCUGUGCCAAUUCUUCCAGGUCUUCCAAUGAAUAAUCAUGGCAAUUACAUUGUACGCUUGGGACAUUUAGUAAGUUGGAUGGGAGAGCAAGCAGAGGCCCUUGGUGUUGAAGUAUACCCUGGUUAUGCAGCUGCUGAGGUCCUUUUUCACGAUGAUGGUAGUGUAAAAGGAAUUGCCACUAAUGACGUAGGGAUACAGAAGGAUGGUGCACCAAAGACAACAUUUGAGAGAGGACUAGAACUACAUGCCAAAGUCACAGUUUUUGCAGAGGGUUGCCAUGGACAUCUAGCCAAGCAGCUGUAUAAGAAGUUUGAUUUGAGAGCCAGUUGCGAACCCCAGACCUAUGGGAUUGGACUGAAGGAGUUAUGGAUUAUUGAUGAAAAGAAGUGGAAGCCUGGGAGAGUAGAUCACACUGUCGGUUGGCCUCUGGACAGACAUACUUAUGGAGGCUCUUUCCUUUAUCAUUUAAAUGAAGGUGAACCCCUCGUAGCUCUUGGGCUUGUGGUUGGUCUAGACUACCAAAAUCCAUACCUGAGUCCAUUUAGAGAGUUCCAGAGGUGGAAACACCAUCCCAGCAUUCAGCCAACAUUGGAAGGUGGAAAAAGGAUUGCAUAUGGAGCCAGAGCUCUCAAUGAAGGUGGCUUUCAGUCUAUACCAAAACUCACCUUUCCUGGUGGUUUGCUAAUUGGUUGUAGCCCUGGUUUCAUGAAUGUUCCUAAGAUCAAAGGUACCCACACAGCAAUGAAAAGUGGAAUUUUGGCAGCAGAAUCUAUUUUUAAUCAACUAACUAGUGAAAAUCUCCAGCCAAAGACAAUAGGACUCCAUGUAACAGAGUAUGAGGAUAAUAUGAAGAAAUCAUGGGUAUGGAAAGAGCUGUAUGCUGUUAGAAAUAUAAGACCAUCCUGCCACGGACUGCUGGGUGUAUAUGGAGGGAUGAUUUACACUGGAAUAUUUUAUUGGAUAUUCAGAGGAAUGGAGCCAUGGACCCUCAAACAUAAAGGUUCUGACUCUGAUCAGCUCAAGCCAGCCAAGGAUUGCACACCUAUUGAGUAUCCAAAACCGGAUGGACUCAUCAGUUUUGACCUCUUGUCAUCUGUGGCUCUGAGUGGUACUAAUCAUGAACAUGACCAGCCAGCACAUUUAACCUUAAGGGAUGAUAGCGUACCUGUAAAUAGAAAUCUGUCAAUAUACGAUGGGCCUGAGCAGCGAUUCUGUCCUGCAGGAGUUUAUGAAUUUAUACCUUUGGAACAAGGUGAUGGAGUUCGGUUACAGAUAAAUGCUCAGAACUGUGUGCAUUGUAAAACAUGUGACAUUAAAGAUCCAAGUCAGAAUAUUAACUGGGUGGUACCCGAAGGUGGAGGAGGACCUGCUUACAAUGGAAUGUAAACUGAGAAUACUUUCAUUUGCAGGCACGUUUGGCAAGCUAACACCAAAAUGUUAACAAGUGUCAAAAUACAACAUAUUAUUGAUCAGGAUAUUCACAAAAUAAUUACAACUGAAAAUUUUAUACUUUAUCUAAAAUUGUCCCAUAAAAUAUUAUGAAUAUACCUCCUAAAUAAAACUUAAUAAUGAUGUAA